AUUUACAUGUAAAAUACUAUAUAAUCAGGCAGGCAGGCGGGGAGUGAGGAGCAGAGGAAGCGACGGCGGAGAGAACACGGCCAGCAAUCUCUCGACAAACUGUGGACCUGGUCAAACUUUUCUUUCUUUAGAAAGCAGAGGGAGAGGGAGAGAGAGGUGAUAUUGAUUAAUCAGUAAUAUAAUAAAUAAAUAAAUGAAUGGAUGAUAGAUGAGAGAAGAUUGGAUGAGAACCACACCGCCAUCGUUACUUUCCCUAACAAUUGACACAGCUGUCCUUCACCUCUCAAACUUUUCUGAUCUCUCUUCCAUACCUGAUCACAUUAUCCUCGAUCUCUUCCUGGAAAUGAUGAAGUCCUUGCAUUCAUCCAGGCAUUGAACAUCCAACAUGUCAUAACCCCUGUCCUACCUACUAGAUGUUCUGAGAAAUUCUAAGAUAGACAAAAUUGUGCAUGUAGACUUGGAUACAUUUUAAACCCAAACACCAGCUGCUUUUAGGAGACAGUCUCUUGGUUCUGGAUCUUCAUUUUUGUAACUUGGGAAGAUGUCUCUAGCUAACAUCAAAGACAGUGAGGUUGACAUUGUGAUAGGAGCACUUCACUCAGACCUGACAUCAUUUAUGAAUGAGUGGAGACCCAUAUUCUCCCGAUUCCACUUGAUAAUUGUCAAAGACCCUGAUCUCAAAGAGGAACUUAGGAUACCAGAGGGCUUUAAUUUUGAUGUCUAUUCCAAGUCUCAUAUCGACCGGGUGGUGGGCUCUUCUUCCUCCAUAGUCUUCUCCGGCUACUCAUGCAGGUAUUUCGGCUUUCUUGUAUCUCGUAAGAAAUACAUUGUCUCAAUCGAUGAUGAUUGCAUCCCAGCUAAGGACAGUAAGGGUUUUCUAAUAGAUGCUGUGGCCCAGCAUCUUGCUAACCUGACAACUCCAGCCACUCCUUUUUUCUUCAAUACUCUCUAUGACCCUUAUCGUGAGGGAGCAGAUUUUGUUCGUGGGUACCCAUUUAGCCUGCGUAGUGGGGUUACGUGUGCUCUGUCAUGUGGACUCUGGCUUAAUUUAGCUGACUUGGAUGCUCCUACACAAGCCCUGAAGCCAGGGCAGAGAAAUUCUCGAUAUGUUGAUGCUGUUAUGACCAUUCCAUCUAGGGCCAUGAUGCCCAUCAGUGGAAUCAACAUUGCUUUUGAUCGUGAGGCCGUGGGGCCGGCUUUAUUGCCAGCUUUGAAGUUGGCUGGGGAAGGAAAUCUUAGAUGGGAAACAAUGGAAGAUAUUUGGAGUGGAAUGUGUGUUAAGGUUGUGUGCGAUCACCUUGGUCUUGGUGUGAAAAGUGGGCUACCGUAUGUGUGGAGAAAAGACAGAGGUAGUGCGAUAGAAAGCUUGAAAAAAGAGUGGGAAGGGGUAAAGCUGACGGAGGAAAUUGUCCCGUUCUUUCAGUUAGUUAGGCUGCCACAAACAGCAGCUACAACAGAAGACUGCAUCCUUGAGAUGGCAACAACAGUGAAGCAACAGUUAGGACCAUCAAAUCCCGUUUUCACUCGUGCUGCUGAAGCCAUGGUUGAAUGGGUCAAGCUGUGGAAGGCAGUUGGGUCUGGUUCCUCUCCUUUGUAGAAAAGGGUAGUUUUGAUGGUUAUAUUUCUUGUUCCGAUUACUGUGUUUGCAUGCAACUUAUGCCCUAUAAAAUCACUGUGAUUUUGUGAGGCAGGGAUAAAAGAUGUCAACUAUAUUUAUGGUUUGUUUUAAUUUUGUGUUUGAGGGACGCCGUUAUGACAA